AUGAAAUCGUCAUUUCACAAAAGUCUACUAAGAGAUAAAGCCACAUUCCGGGGCCCUGGCAUUAACGUGUCACGCGACGGCGUUUCGUGGAGCCAGACUGGCAGCCUCAUGAUAACCGCCGAGGGUGCCAUUAUGGCCCAGGAUAACGGCGGCCGUGUGUCUGUUUUGCUCGCGGACCUCCAGUCUUGUCUGGUCCAGAUCUUCCCGUCACUGUUGAGUACUGGGCGGCGCCGUUUCGGGAAAAAAUCAGACGACCCGUCUUCGCAGGCCGAAGAACCACCGGUGGUGUUUGUGCGGUCCUACGACAAUGUGCGGUUGUACUUGAAAAUUGCCUCGAAAUCCCACUUUGGUGCCAUUUUGCUGGCGCUUUUUGCAUGGCAGAACAUGCGCCCGCUGGGUUUGGCCAAGAAAUGGUUUGCCCUCAAUAAGGCAGGUUCGGGCCCAGAAGACCCACACGAGUUGCUUGUGUGUCGUUUCAAGGUUUACGGCCCUCUUCCGGCCAAGUCGAAGUCCAUCAAAGUUGUGCCUGGCCCGAAACCGCCACUUUUCCACGAAUCAGCUACUGAAACUGGCGAUCUGCUUCAGGUAAACUCACCUAUUUCUCUGAAUUUUGACCAUGUGGCUAAUGAAGGUUGGUUCUAUACCAUGGGUGUGCUUCGACUGAAUGGAAUGCUCAACUUUAUCACCGAGCUUGACGGAACGCUCUUGUAUCUGAUUGACGUGAAAAUGCUCUUGGGUUCGGAGAUCCGAGAACUUCACCACUCUAUUUGCGGAGCUCCCAACAUCUUGUUUGUGGGACACAUCCGUGAAUUGCGCUGGAACAAUGUGCUUAAAUCUGUUUCUGCGCUUACACCCGAGUCUGUGAAUAUGCAACCUUUGCUUACACGAGAAGGACGCCCUGUGGCCAGCAACCUGCGUAUAUUUAUAGAAUUCCCAUUGCACAUCGACUUGGAGGAUUGGUUUGUUGGUCUCAAUUAUUUCUGCAAACGAGAAUACAUUGGGAGUUUCACUGAAAAAUGUGCACAUUUACCAGCGCCGGACGUUGAUAACCUGAUUGAUCCAGAUUCGACUAUUGAACAUAGCGGUAUCUCAGACUCUACGAAUUCUGAAAGUAACACAAGCAUGUCACUAGAGCUGUUUCCACGUGAACAUUUUCGAGUUUCAAAGAAGGUUGUCAUCGACAUUAUUGAGGCCAAAUUUGAUGAGCAGCAGAACCACAAGAACAACGUAUAUGCUGAGGUCGUUAUGUGGAACUUUCCGUGGGCCCGAACCGCAUGUGUUCCUUUCGGGCAGAAUCCGUUCUGGAAAGAGGAGUUUUCCACAGACUUGCCUAUUCUGACCCAGAUGAUCCACAUUGUGAUCAAGCGCAGCAGCUCAACUGUUCACUCUGCAAGUGACGCCAUAGUGGGUACGGUGUAUCUAACUCCGGAUAUCUUGACCCAGCAAUUGGUUUCUGCUUCAACCAUGACCAUUGGUUCGGAACCAAAUGGUAUUUCAGUUGCAGGUCUGCUGUCAAUUUCACGUACUCUUGCGGCGUCGGCUUUGAUACCGCAAAGCAACAUUGUUCGUUUGCCUAUUUACGACUCUGUCAAUGUACCUAUUGGGAAAUUGGUACUCACUGUGGAUUUGAAAGAGUAUCUUAUUCUACCUCCAGCUGAUUUCCGGCCCUUGGAGAGCAUGUUGCUCAAUUGUCCUAUGAAGGAUUUGAUAAAGUUUUGCAAUUCGACAGUCGUCACGUCGCAGUUUGAAAAUGUCAGUUUCAUUCUCUUGGAUAUUUUCCAAAGUCUAGGUAUAGAAGACAGAUGGUUCAAGACACUAAUAGAGACAGAGUUAGUCACUAUCAACAAUGUCACACGGAAAAACUAUACAAACAAGAAUGGAACGACAACAACCUCAAACAACGUGUUCAACACUCUUUUCCGGGGUUCUUCUAUUUUCACUAAAUCCUUGGAGAAGUACAUUUUGCGCAUUGGCCAGGAAUACCUAGAGAAAGUCUUUGGGAACUUUUUCGAAAAGGUUUCGACCGAGAAAAAGACUUGCGAGGUCGAUCCUAGAUAUGUUAGAUUGCAACUAAAAGCUAAAUCGAAGUAUGGUGAAAAUGUGGAUCUCACGGAUAAGGCCGUUGAAGAGGAUGUCGACAGUGAAGAGGACUAUGACUCAGAUACCGAAAGGGAUCGUGAACAACUAGUGAAAGACACUAUUGAAGAGAAUUUUCAAAAUUUGUAUUCGUACACAGAGGAAAUCUGGUCCAGAAUAUACUCUACGUCAAAUGAUUUACCAAAACAAAUCAAGGUCCAAUUGAAAAACUUCAGAACGAAGGUAGAUUUGGCCUGUGAUCCUGAUGAUAAAGAAACAUCUUUGAACUGUUUGAGUGCAUUCAUAUUUUUGAGGUUUUUUUGUCCUGCGAUUCUCAAUCCGAAGCUUUUUUAUUUGACUAAGACUCAUCAAACCGGUAACGCACAAAGGACAUUGACUCUCAUAGCAAAGAUCUUAUUGAACCUUGCAAACAGACAGGAGUUCAAUACUCACAAAGAACCGCAUCUUGUUCGUAUGAACGAAUUUUUGAAGGCACACGAACACGAAGUUUACGAAUAUUUUGAUCGUAUAACUGGAAGGAAGAACGACUUCAACGAAAAGGUAUUGAAUUUGAGCCAUGAAAUGAAAAGAUUUGAUUUGGGUCUCAGUAGUGACUCAAGCUCAAGUGAAUUGCCUACCACACCCUAUCUUAUUGACAAAUAUUUGCGUCUUACAGAGUUUAUCCAUCUUUUGCAAUUGAAUGACACUCAUAGUCGGUCGCAGUCGCAAUCUUCGAAGUUUGGAUCGUCUUCUGCCAGUAUUAGCACCACGUUGAGCCCAGGCCACUCAAAUGUGAACAGCCCUAUCAGUGGUGCGGGACAACGAAAAACAAUUUUACAAGAUAGGGACGCAAUUGUGGAAAAUAAGUCGGAUUUGAAAGUCAACGAAGAAGGCAGCAUUUACCAGAUUGGGUCACUUGAGUUUGAGAAGUCGGAAUUUUUGGACUUGGUAGGCGAUAACGAAACAGAAGGGUUCAUCAAAUCUCUUUGUCGUAGCAAUGAAGAUAUCUUCUCGUUCAUCACCUCCAACAUCUCACUCCGGGACUUACAGAAACAAAGCACUAACCUCGUCAACAAGAUCAAUGAUUUGUCGUACCAGCUUCAGUUUCCCGAAGUAUGUCGCAACUUACAAGGCUCGACAAAGAUGUGGGAAUUGUUUGUCGAUGAUAUUAUUGAUAGAGCGUGCUUGGACAGUAAUAAGAACUCCAUUGUGUUUUAUGAGCCGCAUUUCCAAGAUGCCUUGCUUCCAGGUCAGAAACGCUUAACGGAGCAUGCGCUAUCAUCUCUCAAGUUGAAGUUUCCAUCGGGUUACAAUGGAGACGACGCCAUACUGGUGUCGGAAAGUGUUGGGUCCAUGUCGACAAUAUUGAAAAGCGGAACAAAAAACCCGUUCAAAAGAUGGCUCAAGAGAGACUAG